CCCACUCCAAUUUUCAAUUAUCAGUCACCACCGACCGACAUUGAUGGAUACAACGUCGAUCUCCUUCUCCUCAUUUGAACUCCAAAAACCCACCCAUAUCUCCGAUUACCUUCCCCAAAACCUCCCCACUUUCAACAACCCUCUCCUUCAAAGCACCUUCUUCCACCCAACUCAAGGUUUCUUCGUCUCCCCCACCGACAUAAUCCUCCGACAGAUUGCCUACGACCUCUCCUCCGACAACACAGACGUCGACUCCUCCCACCACCAUGCCUACCACCGCGCUGGCCCACGCAAACAGAUCUCUUUCGACCCGUCCGAGGUUAGAGCAGCGAUCGUCACUUGCGGCGGCCUUUGUCCUGGUAUGAAUACCGUUAUUAGGGAACUUGUUGUUGGUCUGUGGGAGCUUUAUGGUGUGAGAGAGAUCUAUGGAGUGAAAGCUGGUUAUAGAGGGUUCUAUUCCGCGGAUUGCCAUGUUCAGUUGAAUCCCAAACUUGUUCAUAAUUGGCAUAAGAGAGGUGGAACUGUGCUUGAGACUUCUAGAGGUGGGUUUGAUCUUGACAGGAUUGUUAAUUCCAUUCAAGAUCGUGGAUUUAAUCAGGUUUACAUUAUAGGCGGCGAUGGAACAAUGCGAGGUGCUGUAAAGAUAUUCGAAGAAAUUCGCCGUAAGAAACUAAAAGUAGCCAUAAUCGGAAUUCCCAAAACCGUUGACAACGAUGUCGGUAUCAUCGACCGUUCAUUCGGGUUCCAAACCGCAGUAGAAAUGGCCCAACAGGCGAUCAGCGCCGCCCACGUAGAAGCAGAAAGUGGCGUAAACGGGAUCGGUUUGGUAAAGCUAAUGGGUCGAAGUUGCGGCCACAUAGUCCUUCACGCCGCAUUAAGCAGUCGAGACGUCGAUUGUUGUUUGAUCCCUGAAAAUGAAUUCUACUUGGAAGGAAAAGGAGGACUUUUCGAGUUUAUCGAAACUCGUUUGAGUUCAAACGGGCACGUUGUUCUUGUGGUGGCUGAGGGUGCUGGACAGAGUAUGAUUCCUAGGACUGAUGAGGAGAAAUUGGAAAGAGAUGAAUCUGGGAACAUGGUGUUCUUGGAUGUUGGAUUGUGGUUGAAGAAGGAGAUUAAGAAAUGGUGGGAGAAAGAUCAUGGUGGUGAAUUGUUGACUGUGAAAUAUAUUGAUCCGACUUAUAUGAUAAGGGCUGUUCCUGCAAAUGCGACUGAUAAUUUGUAUUGUACUUUGUUGGCACAUUCGGCUAUUCAUGGGGGUAUGGCUGGAUUUACUGGUGUUGUUGCUGGUCUUGUUAAUGGGAAUUAUGCUUAUAUUCCGGUUGAUCAGGUGGCUAAAGCGAAGAAUCCGGUUAAUACUAGAGAUAAUAAGUGGGCAUGGGUAAGAUCUGUUACCAAUCAGCCUGAUUUUGGUAUGGAAUGAAUUUGAAGAUCAUGAUGAUGAAAGACUUUUUAAUUUUGGAGAUUUAAGGGGGGAAGGCAACAUGGGUAUUUUAUGGUCUUUCUUUAUGUUUUUCUUUUUGCAAAGAAUAUGGAAAUUAUGGAGUAACA